AUGGAGGAAAUGGACCUCGUCUCCGAGUUCCCCCAGCCUUCGGGUGCUGCUUGCUCUGCCGCGGUUAUGGCUCGCUUCGCGGCCGGGCUAGGCGCACAGGGCCGGUGGGUGGUGUUGGUCACGUCAGGCGCCACCAAGGUCCCUCUGGAAGCGCAGCCAGUGCGCUUUCUGGACAACUUCAGCAUUGCACGGCUCGGUGCAAUUUCGGCCAAGGCCUUCCUGGCUGCAGGCUACUGGGUCCUGUUCUUGUACCGCGCUCGGUCCUCUUUCCUCUUUGCCCACCGCUUCCCACUUCAGACCUGGCUGUCGGUCCUGCGGCCUUCUGGCCCAACUAAGUCUGGCGUGCUGAGCCUGGAGGCCGAGGAGAAUGCACUCCUGGGCUUCGCUGUGGCUUUGAGGAGCUACCAAGAAGCAGCGGCUGCCGGCACCUUCCUGGCUGUAGAGUUCUCCACUUUGGCAGACUAUUUGCAUCUGCUGAAGGCUGCUACCCAAGCCCUCAGUCCACUAGGGCCUUCUGCGAUGUUUUACCUAGCUGCGGCCCUGUCAGAUUUCUAUGUUCCUGUCUCUGAAAUGCCUGAACACAAGAUCCAGUCAUUUGGGGACCCACUGCAGAUAACAAUGAAGAUGGUGCCAAAAAUGCUUUAUUCUUUGGUUAAAGAUUGGACUCCCAAAGCCUUUAUAAUUUCCUUUAAGUUGGAGACCGACCCCUCUAUCGUAAUUAAUCGUGCUCGGAAUGCUUUGGAAGUUUAUCAACAUCAACUGGUGGUGGCUAAUAUCCUUGAGUCAAUACAUUCCUUUGUUAUUAUUGUUACCAAAGACUCAGAAACCAAGUUAUUGCUAUCAGAGGAAGAUGUAGAAAAAGGUAUAGAGAUAGAAAAGAAGAUAGUGGAUAAUCUUCAGUCUCGACAUACAGCUUUUAUAUGUGACAAAAACUGAACUAAAAAAGUUUUAUAGGAUCAAAAAUUGUUCAGUGGA